GUGGCGCGAAACUUGACCUCCAAUUAUGAUGAAUGAUUAUAGCGAAGAGAAACAGUUUGUGGUAGAAGGUACAAGCUGUACAUUGUUUGAUGAUCGGGAAAAAGCUCUUGAAGUUGAUGGGGAAAAACUACUAAUACCAUGGUGUGGUGACAAAUCAAUUUUGAUUGAUAGGUUCGAUGGACGUGGGUAUCUCACUGAUGUUUAUGAGGAAGAUCCUAAUUGCGAUUUAAGUCCUGACGAUCACUUGUCUGAAGAAGAGAUUGCAAUAGAAAAGAUGUGUGAUUUUGAACGUUAUUUGGAAAUGCAAGUGGACGUCCAUGAACUCGCAAUUCAAGAUGGUGAGUUUACUUUUGUAUUUGUGUUUUGAUGUAUUCUGCAAUACCACCUUUGCUGAUUGUUAAUGUGAUCUUAGCUUUUGAGUCAACACAUCUUUGGUAAACGUAUGUUGACAACUUCGUCUUACGUGGUAAGUUAUGUUUAUCAACAGAAUACAGUACUUUUAACUUGAUAUUUGCUGUGAUUGUCACUAAAUUAACGUUGUUUGGGUUUUUAUGUUGAUUAGUGCAUCCACUGCACAUUUUAUGCUCCAGAGAUUAACACCUUUUACGUCUGUUUAUAUCUUGCAGGUUGUUUUUUGGAGUGGGACAUGCAAUUCGAGCCUGAUGAGGUUAUGGGAAUAAGCAUACUUUCAAUGUAAUUAAACAUAAGUCAUUUUUUAAAACAAACUCCUACACUCACGUUUUCCAUUCCCAUAUAUAUCAUUCGUUCUGUUUUUUGUUUUAUAGAAGAAGCUCGGAAACGUGAAGGUGAACGAUCGCGCAAUGACUAUGGAGCCGUUAGCUUCUCUUACGAUGAAAAUGCUUCCCAACCAAAUGACGCUAACAAGGAAUCAAGUAAAUAAUUAUUAUUUUAUAGAAAUUGGUAUUUUAUGUUGAAUUGGAAUGUAUGUUUGUCAAUGUAAUUUAUCCUCCAGCUUACUUAACUAUUUACUCGGACUAUUGCUAUUUGUUAACUGCUAUGCAAGAAUAAUCCGCAUGACUUGUUAAUAUUUUAAUACUGUUGUCAACCAUUUAAUGAAGAUGACUACUGGCAGUUCAAUUUUAAAUGAUUAGUAAACUCUCAAAUUAUCGUAUUUAAAAAAGUCUUGGAGAUUAAUGUCCAGUGUAUCACAUCAUAAUUAUUCGCUACCUUCUGUUACAGGUCCUAUCUAGUCCUUUAAUUUUGUAGAUCCAAACUAACUGCCAAAAGCUCUAGUUCGCCGUCCUACUUUGACCUUAUCAACUUCCCAUUGCUUAACAUACUAUUUAAUGUCUAGUCAACAAAUGAGCUGGUAAGAACACCUGACAAAUAUGUGCUGAAAAUCCUUUAAGUUGCAUGGUCAUUUUAUUUGAUAUGGUUGCUUUCGGAGUUUUUCACUCAGUUGCAAUAGUAAAUUUAAAUCGAGCUGAUUGGUUAGUUGCCUUAAUAUGAGGGUGGUAUAAACUGACGAAGAUUCAUGAAUGUUGGGUUGUUAACAGAUUAUUUCACAAAAAUAAAUAGUCACUUUCUAGUAUGUUGCGUCAUCGCUUAAAUAAACAAAGUCUUUUUCGUUUCAAAGCAAUCUCUUUUUUCUAAACUAGCUGAGCCUGGGAUUAAUGAGCAGCACGCUGAAGAGCCAUAUAAUUGUCCUCCUGAGUUACAACAAAUCUUGUCGAAUUUCCAACUUCCGGAAUCCGAUAAACAAGCUCACAUUAUUGAAAAAACUGCCGUUUUCGUCUCUCGACAAGGAAGUCAAAUGGAAAUAGUCCUCAAAGCUAAACAAAAUAAAAAUCCACUGUUUGGCUUUUUGACUUAUGACCACCCACUUAAUCCCUUCUACAAGGAGAUUGUGAGGUUAAUUUCCCAAGGUCGGUACGUUCCAAAACCUCGUCAGACUACAGAUAAACCAACUGGGACACUCUUUACAAGUUCGGAUGAGUCAAACAAGCCAAUUCAUGAAGAUGUUUACGAAUUAAAGCUACCAAAGGUGGACAUUUCAAAUACAUCAUAUGCUCCACUAAUAUCUAAGUUCAAGAAAAUUAAUGAAAUGGCUGCAGCUGUCGCAGCUGCAAAUCGUGUUACCCCUGCUUCUGAUGUCCAGUCUUCUGCCGCUACUCCUGAGGUAUUAACAGAAACAGAACGUCCUCUUUACGAUCCUAGUGAGGUCGACAAUAACUCUUUGGACAGCCUAAAAGACAAUAAUAAACCUUUGGAUUCAGAAAAGACGAAGACUCCUUCACCACAGUCUUAUGUCCAAGCUGACGUUUCUGCAACCAAUGAAAGCCUUGCUGAUGUUCCAGUAGUUGGGAAAGACAACGUGAUAUCAGAAUUAGUAGAUCCCUUGUCUCCAGAAGAGUAUGAGCGUAUCUACCAGGAGUAUUAUAAACACUACUAUGCUCAUUAUUACACACAUUAUUCUAACCAGUGGGCUUUAUCUGAGCAUGUCAACGAUGAAAGUUUCAAUAUUGUACAAGAAGCAGCUAAAGCAGCCGCCAUAGCAGCUGCGGCUGCAGUCAAUGUUGUCCAACAAACACGUUUAAAAGCUAGUGCUCCAGUAAUGUUCGAACCUCCACUUAGUGAUGAACAGCGUGGUAUUAUAAAUAAAAUGGCAGAAUAUGUUGUUCGUAAUGGUUUAGAAUUUGAAGAAUUGGUCAUUCGUCAAAAAAGCAAAGAUCCACGAUUUGGAUUUCUGAAAUCGGAUCAUCCCUUACAUUCAUAUUACAUGGCUAAACGAAAAGAACUAGACCCUGAUGAUAGCUUGACUAAAGCUGCAGAUUCUAAUUUUAGUAAUAUACCUCCUUCAAAAUCAUUUAAAGUAAGCUCGUCAAAAAAAUUGGAUUCAAAUGAAAAGCCUGAAACAAUGUUUCAAGAUAAUAAAACAAAAAAUGGUUCUCUUAAAAAUCCUCAGUCUCUUGAUUCUCAUAAAGACAAAAAAGAUGAUUUUGAAGCUUAUAAUUCAGAACGGCAAACGGGUAUCAGUUUCCGAUUAGCUCGCCCGAUUCCACCAAAGUCUCAGUCCACUCAAAAUACCGAAACGUCGGCGGGAGAAAUUAUGGACAUAAUUGAAGCUGCUGCACUAGAGUACUCAGAAUCUGUUUCCAAAAGUUCAAGACGAAAUAACGAACAACUUAAUAGGUUAUUGAGUCACUCGAAAAGUGACAGUCAGUCAAAAUCACGGAAGAGAAAAACUCGAUCUCCAAAAAUGUGUGUUAUACCUGGUAUUCCCAGUCCUAGUUCAUCGUCUUCCUCGGAAUCUUCACCUCAAGUUGAAAGUCCAUACUCUUACACAAAUCGUUCUAGUGGAGCUUCAAAUUCAAAUUCUGUUUGUACAUCACCCUCCAUAUCAGUUGAACGACAUGAGAGAAAUAAACCAGUGCAUAACAUUCAGUCUCCUGUUCAGUCUGUCUGUAACACCACCUCACCCUAUGAUAAUUUAUGUUCUCCUGUGGAGUCGAUUUCUAAUUCAAGUUCACAUUUAACCUCCAACUGGCCUUCAUGUGCUCUUGAAGAUUUAUUAGAUAUACAUGAACCUACAAGUCUUCUAGACUUCUCUGCCGAUGGUUAUCAAGUUACGGUCCCUACAGCCAAAGAAGAGCGUCUGCGUGAGGAAAGGCGUAAGAAAGCUGCCCAAUUGGUUACCCAGUUGAAGUUAACUAAUUCUAUCACAAAAGGAAGUAUAAAUACUAGUACAACUAUCUCCAAAUCUUCGACAGUUAAUAUCACAUCAACGACGGCUGAUCGGUAUCGUUCGUCACCUCCACCAGCUCCUGAUUCAGUCCCUGCAGCCGUCGCUCAUGCUGUAGUUGCUAACAUGAAACGUCGUCGAGAAGCUUUGGAAAUAGAGAACAAAGCUCGUAAAAGGCGCCAUCGUUCACCACCAGCUGCUUAUGCAUUUGCGCGUAACCGAAUCUCUGACAGAUCUCCACGGAGGUCACCAACUCCUAGAUGUGAUUCUUAUGAUCGUGAGGACCCAAGAGAUCGGGACGAUCAUCAUUCAAAGUCCAAGAAAAAACAUAAAAAAUCUCAUUACUAAUCCCAUCGUAAAGACACCUUUUUGUAAACAAGUGUACAUAUUUAUAUUAUAUUGUGAUCUUGUAUUAUUAAGCAGAAAUGUGAUUCAUUCGAACAAGGUUUUAAUUUAUUGUUCCUUUCCACAAUUUUGAGCAGUUGAAAAAAGUUCUUUAUCAGAGAUUUUCGAAACUAUAAUAAUUGAAAUUUAUAUUUAAAUGUCCGAUUUGUAUGAUAUGUGUAACCUUGAUAAAAUUUGAUACUGAACGACUUAGAUUUAUAUUAAUUACCAGUUUUUAUUCAUAUUUCAUAUAUUCUAGCAGGUGAAUCACAACGUUUAUCCACUAACAAGUUGCUUUUAUUGCCUAAAAUUUUGUUAAUUGCUUAGCUACCGAGUAUAUAAAUAAGAUUUGAAUUUUUAUGCUACCAUUA